AUCUAACCAUUUAAGACAAAACAACGAAGAGAGAGAUCGUGUAAGAGGAAAAUUGAGCAAAAAAUGGAGGCUUUGGUUUGCCGGAAACUAGGAGAUCCAACGGCGACGGAGCCAGGGAGUACAGAAUCUCCGGUGGAAGUGAGCAAAACCCACCCGAUCCCGCCUCUGACCUCCGACACAGCGGUGAGAGUCAAAGUCACAGCAACGAGCUUGAACUUCGCGAAUUACCUUCAGAUUCUCGGCAAGUACCAGGAGAAGCCUCCGUUGCCUUUCAUCCCUGGCUCCGACUACUCCGGAAUCGUCGACGCCAUCGGUCCAUCCGUCACCAAACUCCGCGUCGGCGAUCGCGUCUGCUCCUUCGCCGCUCUCGGUUCCUACGCUCAGUUCAUCGUCGCCGAUCAGUCUCUCAUGUUCCUUGUACCGGAAGGAUGCGACAUGAUCGCUGCAGCUGCACUUCCUGUUGCGUUUGGGACUUCUCACGUUGCACUUGUCCAUAGAGCUCGUUUGACCUCUGGUCAGGUCUUGAUGGUUCUUGGUGCUGGUGGUGGUGUUGGCCUUGCAGCUGUACAAAUCGGAAAGAUUUGUGGAGCUGUUGUCAUUGCGGUUGCUAGAGGGAGUGAGAAGAUUCUGCUGUUGAAGUCAAUGGGAGUGGAUCAUGUUGUUGAUUUAGGCAGUGAAAACGUUAUUACAAGCGUUAAAGAGUUCGUCAAGACAAGAAAUCUCAAAGGAGUUGAUGUUCUGUAUGAUCCUGUAGGAGGGAAACUCACCAAGGAGUCUAUGAAAGUUCUCAACUGGGGAGCUCAGAUUCUUGUGAUUGGUUUCGCAAGCGGUGAAGUACCUCUCAUUCCCGCUAACAUAGCACUUGUUAAGAAUUGGACGGUUCAUGGUCUUUAUUGGGGCAGCUACAAAAUCCACCAACCCAAUGUUCUUGAUGAUUCCAUCAGAGAAUUACUGUCAUGGCUUGCUAGAGGAUUGAUCACUAUUCACAUCUCUCAUACCUAUAGUCUCUCCCAGUCCAAUCUUGCAUUUGGGGCCAUCAAAGACAGGAAGGCAAUAGGAAAAGUGAUGAUUGCUCUCGACCACAAGGCUACUCUGUCUUCAAAACUAUAGACACUCUCUGUAGCCACAGAAGAGAACUGAUUCUGUUUCUCUAAGUUUACCAUGUCAUAAUGUAGUUUACCACACAUCCUGUUUGAAUUUAAUAAUCAUGACUUGUUUGAAUUCUCUGGAAAUAACUUUUUUUUUUCAGAAUAAAUUUCAUAGUAUGUUACUGUUUUGGUU